AUGUCUACAGAAACCGAAGCUAGAGAACUUAAGGUUCUCAAUAUUAAACGUAGCAAUAUAAAAGGACGUUUAACUAAAUUUAAGAACUUUAUCGAUAAUUUAAAAACUUUAGAAUCUAUUUCAGACGUAGAAUUAACUGAGCUUGCGAUGAAAUUAUCUAGAAUUGAAGCUUUGUUUAUCGAGUUCGAAGAGUUGCAAAACCAAAUAGAAUUUUUAAACAUUUCAAAUCAAGAAAUAGAAUUGACUACUCGCGAUAUUUUUGAGCAAGACUUCGAUCACUACAUUUCUCUUGCUCAGAAUAUAAUUAAAACGUAUUCAACUUCCAAGUCAGCUAAUUGUGAAAUUCAUUCAAGUUCUUCAAACCAUUCUAAUAAUUCCUGCCAACAUAGUGAUAAUUAUGAAACGCUUGGGUUUAAAUUGCCUAUAAUAAAAAUACCCAGUUUCGAUGGAACAUAUUUCAAGUGGUUGGAAUUUAAAGAAACAUUUAGUUCUUUAGUUCAUGAAAAUUCUAAAAUUAAAAAUAUUCACAAAUUUCACUAUCUUAAUUCUUACUUGGAAGGUGAAGCCGCCCGUGUCAUUAGUAAUUUAGAAGUUUCAGAUCAAAAUUAUUCACAAGCCUGGCAACUCUUAUGUGAACGCUUUGAUAACAAAAGACAAUUGAUCAACAAUCAUUUAAAAUCACUUUUUAAUUUUGAAUACGUCCGCGAGACUGACAAGUCACUCCGUUUCAUCACUGAUCACAUUACUAAAAACUUGCGCGCCCUCAGUACACUGGGUCUGCCUACUGACAAGUGGGACGUUUUAAUAAUUUAUGUAAUCACAGCAAAGUUAGACAGCGCCACAUCCUUUAAAUGGGAGGAACAUAGGAAUAGUUUGUGCGAUAAACCUACACUUAGUGACUUCUUUACAUUCCUAAGAAAACGUGCUGAUAUUUUAGAGAUUGUCCACCGCAAUAAACAAGAAAAACAAAAUAAAAUUAAAUAUACAAAUUCUACUGCACCUUACAAUAAGAUGCAAACUAAGUCUUUUGUAGUUACUUCUAAAUAUGCUGUUUCUAAUUCUAAUAAAACCUUCGAGUGUGCCCAUUGUAAGGGUAACCAUCGCCUAUACGAAUGUUAUUCAUUUAAGGCCAAGUCACCAGAAGAUAGGAACUCAAUAGUAGCAUCAUUGAAAUUAUGUAAAAAUUGUUUAAGGUCAGGUCAUGUUGCUGACAACUGCAAGCUUCCAGGUUCUUGUCGAUCUUGUAAAAAACGUCAUAAUUCACUUUUACAUAUUAUUAAAGAAUGUGAAAAUUCUAGCAAUAGCGUUCCGCCUGAUCAAUCGGUAGUAAUGUCCGUCUUGUCUUCUACUGAAGUGUUGUUGUGUACAGCCAAGGUUUUAGUAUCUAAUCCCAUAACUAAAAAAUCUAUUACAGUGCGAGCUUUACUUGACUGCGGGAGUCAGUCUUCUUUUAUAACCGAGUCGGUCCAACAAAUAUUAAACUUGACGCCUCAGCCUUCAAACGUUAAUAUACUUGGUAUUGGUAAUGCUCAAGUUAACCUAAAUACGAAAAGAUGCAUUUUACGAUUACAAUCUAAUAAUAGUUCUUUCAACGUAACAAUGAGUUGUUUAGUUCUACCUAUAAUAUCCAGCAAUUUGCCAAAGAUAUCUUUUGAUUACAAAGACAUAAAUUUACCUAAACUUGAAUUAGCGGAUCCUAGUUUUAACGAACCAUCCCCUAUUGAUAUGCUCAUUGGCGCUGACUUAUUCUGGGACCUAAUAGGCUCAGAGCAGCGCCGUCUAGGGGACCAAACCAAAACCCCUAACCUACGUAGCUCUAAACUUGGUUGGCUCGUUGCUGGCCCCCUACCUAAUUUACCUAAAAAUUCUAUAACAAAUAAUUUAUCAAUAUGUAAUUUCUGUCUAAAGGAUGAUAAUUUUCCUAAUAAUUUAUCUAUAGAUCAACAUGAAAACUAUAAUUUUGAAGAGGCCUUGUCAAGAUUUUCGGAAUUAGAAUGUUUUCCGCACAACAAGCCCUUAACACAAGAGGAAAAACUAUGCGAACAGCAUUUCCUUUCCACUACUACGCGUUUAAGUGACGGUCGAUUUUGCGUCAGUUUACCACUCCGUGAUGACCGAGACUGUUUAGGUGAUUCUUAUCAACUAGCCAAAAAACGGUUUUUAAAUUUAGAAGCGCGGUUUAAAAGGCAACCAGAGCUUAAAAAGGCCUAUUCUGAUUUCAUACGCGAGUAUGCCGAGCUUGGUCACUUAAAUGAAUCUAAAAUACCUAAACCUAUUAAUUCAUUCUUUCUUCCCCAUCAUCCUGUAAUCAGAGAAAAGAGCGAGUCAACUAAAUUACGUGUCGUGUUCGAUGCAUCGGCUCGUUCUACGUCAGGUUUAUCAGUGAAUGACUUACAAAUGAUAGGGCCUACAAUACAAGAUUCUCUUUUUAAUAUUUUAAUUCGCUUCCGCCAAUAUAAAUAUAUAUUAUCGGGCGAUAUAGAAAAGAUGUAUCGUCAGGUUAGCUUAAGAGAGUCAGAUCGUGACCUACAACUUAUUCUAUGGCGGGAAAACGAAAAUGACCCUUUACGUACUUUACGUUUAAAUACGGUGACAUACGGUUUUUCCAGUGCGAGUUUCUUAAGUACUAGAUGCAUCUGGCAGUUGGGCGAGGAAUGUGACGACGACAAAACUAAAAAUACAAUACAACAGGAUUUUACUGUGACGAUUUGCUUACAGGCUCUGAUUCCAUCGCGGAGCUUCGUCACAUUCAGCGUGCUGUGUCAGAUGAGCCAACAAAAGGUUGUUUUCAUCUAA